AUGGUGCGCAAGAAGUUUUUGGAUGAGACCUUCAACAUGAGAACCAAGGAAGCGAUGGAGCUGAACAUGUGGAAGCCGAAGAAACGGCAUUUUCGCGAGACGGAUGAAUGGCGCAGAAAAAAAUCGCGAAUCAUCAGUAAAAUGAAGGCGUUGUCGAGAAUAAAUUUGCUGCUGAUGCUCUCGAAAAUGCAGAUUCUUGCACACGGCUCGUAUUUCGAGAGAUAUUUCAAAGUCGGAGAAGGUGUGAGGAAGCCGAGUCAGCUAUGCGUUGACGGAUGCAAAGGCGGCGUUGGCGGAUCGGGCUGUAUGACUGCCGAGCGCCUGUUUGAGGACGAGUUCGGUACGGAAGCGCAAGUGCCGAAAAACUUCCAACAA